GCCUCCUCCCCGUCCGCCUUCUCCGCGCCCUCCUCUCGCAGCCACCGCCUCCGCCGGACGGAGGAGCCGGGAGUCCGCGGCGCCGGCUCGGGGCUGCGGGAUGGGGAGUUAGCGCCACGGCGGCGGCAGUGGCCGCGGAGCAACCGGCCGCCGCCCCCGGGCCCGUCCCGCCGGGGACGCCGGGCGCGGCCAGCCAGCCCCGGAGCCAGGCCCGCGGGCGGCGGCGGCGGCGGCGGCGGAGCUGGGCAGGUGGAUGCGGCUGGAAGAUGGCGCCCUCGGGCCCGGGCAGCGUCAGGCGGCGGUGCCGGCGGGUGCUGUACUGGAUCCCCGUGGUGUUCAUCAGCCUCCUGCUCGGCUGGUCCUACUACGCCUACGCCAUCCAGCUGUGCAUAGUGUCCAUGGAAAAUAUUGGAGAACAAGUUGUGUGCCUGAUUGCUUAUCAUCUACUUUUUGCAAUGUUUGUCUGGUCGUAUUGGAAAACUAUCUUUACAUUACCAAUGAAUCCUUCAAAAGAAUUCCAUCUCUCUUAUGCAGAAAAAGAAUUGCUAGAGAGAGAGCCAAGAGGAGAAGCCCAUCAGGAAGUUCUUAGGCGAGCAGCCAGAGACCUUCCCAUCUACACCAGGACCAUGUCUGGAGCAAUCCGCUAUUGUGACAGAUGCCAACUUAUAAAACCAGACCGCUGCCAUCACUGUUCCGUCUGUGAUAAAUGCAUUUUGAAGAUGGACCAUCAUUGCCCAUGGGUGAACAAUUGUGUUGGAUUUUCAAAUUAUAAAUUUUUCCUCCUUUUCUUGGCUUAUUCUCUGCUGUACUGCCUUUUUAUUGCUGCUACAGAUUUACAGUAUUUUAUCAAAUUUUGGACCAAUGGCCUACCUGAUACUCAAGCCAAGUUCCAUAUUAUGUUUUUAUUCUUUGCUGCAGCGAUGUUUUCUGUCAGCUUGUCUUCUCUGUUUGGCUAUCAUUGUUGGCUAGUCAGCAAAAAUAAAUCUACAUUAGAGGCAUUUAGAAGUCCAGUAUUUCGACAUGGAACAGAUAAGAAUGGAUUCAGCUUGGGUUUCAGUAAAAAUAUGCGACAGGUUUUUGGUGAUGAGAAGAGGUACUGGUUGCUACCCAUUUUUUCAAGUCUAGGUGAUGGCUGCUCCUUUCCAACUUGCCUUGUUAACCAGGACCCUGAACAGCCCUCUACUCCUGCAGGAUUGAAUUCAUCUUCUAAAAAUCCUGAAAACCAUCAAUUUCCUGCAAAGCCAUUGAGAGAGUCCCAGAGCCACCUUCUUACUGAUUCUCAAUCUUGGACGGAGAACAGCACAAACCUGGGAAAAGGUAAAGCUGGUAUGAGCAAUCCUGCACUGACCAUGGAGAAUGAGAAUUAACUCUUCUAACAAAAUUUACUCAUACUUUACGGAAGUAAUCAGUGCUGUCGAUGGAUGGAAGAGGCUUCCUGCAGGAAGGCACCACUAGCCAGCUGUUCCCAUCCCCUGUGGCUGGAUAUGCAGAAUGUGAAUUGACCAUUUCUCUCCGAGCUGUUGCUUAAAACAUAACACAUUUUUACUCCAGUAUACAGAUUGUUUCAACUAACACAAAUUCCUCUUAAACAUUAAAAGUAGUUAUGGUUUAUGAAUCAAGGACAAAAAUAUCUUUUAUCAUAAAAACUUGGAAUAAAUUCAUGGACCAGUUUUCACCCAGAUAUUUGGGGAGCACAACUUACCACAUAAAAAACCCACUGAUCCUCUGAUUUUCUGAUUCAGAAAAUUGAGACUAUUAAGAUAUUGAGAUUUAAAAGAUUUCAUGUAACAUUAUAAUGAUAAGCUUUAUUCGUAAAACCUGUUACCUAUGAGAAGGUGGAGGUAGCAGACGAGACUUGUUUACUCCCUCCGAUGUGAUUCUAGCCUUAGACUGCGUGAACUGUAAAAACCAUGAACUCAUUACAAAUUUCAAGUGGCCUGCAGUUGAAGAUGACCAUCCAUUUUUUUUUUGCCAGACUUUAAUUCUAGCCUUUGUUCCCUGCUGGAAAAGAAGUAUGAUCACUGAAGCUUGAGCUCAACUGGCUGGAAAAUCUUUGUCAGAAUUAAUACAUUUCUGUUACAUUAGAAAUAUAUUUUUCAUCUCUUUUACUUAUCUGAAAAUGGGGGAAGUCUAUAAUAACAAUUAUGAAGAUUGGUUUAUGAUAUUCUUUUGCUGGUUUAGCUUUUAAAAGUCUCUUUUUAGGUUAUUUCUCCUAUUGAACAUAGCAAACAUAUUGAAUUUUUGUUAAGAAUUCCUGAUGGACCAAUGGAUUAAUCCUUCAUUGACAUCUAUAUUAUUUCUUUUUCCUCUCAUCAGAAGUAUGACAGUUAAACUACAUAGGUCCUCAAAUACCUAUUAAGAUUAAAUUAUGCAAAUCAUCAAACAAAAGUCAUAUCCUUUUGGAAAUUUAGUCCAACAUGAACUGAAUGGUGUGCUGUUUGGAAACUGAGUUUAAGAUAAACUACAGUGGUGUGUUUGUUGAUGCCAAAAUGUUCAGCUUCAGUAAAUAUACUAAGAAGCUCUUGUGCCUUCUCUGCACUAUUAAAAAGUCUUAUUCUUUUUUAAUUUGAUGGAAUGCAAGUUUUGUAAAUGUUAGCAAUUAGAAUACGCUGUAUACAUUUUUUUGGUACUGACUUUGAGAAUUUAAAGCAGACUAACUUUAAGACUACACAGCCAAGGAACUGGUAUUUAAACAAAGAGAAAAUGGUAUUAGAGUUUUCAAAAUCUGAAUUAGAUAAAUUCAACACAAAGUAGACUAGAAUUCCAGAGGAUAAUGGAGUAACAGAUCCUUGCAGUUACUCGUCCUUGCUAAAAAUGUGAAAUUUUAUAUUAAAUGACUUUAUGAAAGAA